CCAAACGGUACCGCAGGUAGUAUCGUUACCAAGUCAACAAAGUGAACUCAUAUUAGAUAGCUUGUAUUGAAACUAGGAUGACACUGGACAAUUCUACAGGGUGUGGGCUAAGCUUGAAACAUGCCACAAUUAUUAUCGGAAUAAUUUCCAGCAUAUUGUCAUUUAUGUCGAUGUGUUUAUCAUCAUCUUACGUCCAGCAUCCAACCGAAAUAAUUGAAAUAACAAAUUCAACUGAAGUAAUAGGAAAAGAUGCACUAAAGACCCUCCUGAUUCUGUGUUCAAUUAUUAGUGGUCUAAAAUGCAUAUUUUCUAUUAUGAUUAUAUUUGGUGCAGAAACGAAUCGUCCAAAGUUGUUGGUACCGUGGUUGAUCUACAGUCCCGUUCUGAUGAUGUUAUACAUUAUUGCCACUGUCACCAGAUUAGUUCAUCAGAGUACAACUGAUACAGCGGAGUUUGUCAUUGGCAAUUUGAUAUUUGCAUCAGUUUUCAGCUGUAUUGGUGUUUGGAUAUACUCUAUUGUCUAUAGGUUGUUUAAAUUCCAAAAGAGCCUUAAUUUCUAGAUCUAACAAUCAUCAGUUGCUUUAAUUCUUGAUGCAUAUAAUUUUCUUCUUAUUUUUCUACCGUUAAAGUAUUAAAUUUAAAUAAGUGAUUAAUUAUAAUUAUUAGUACGUCUCUACUUUGUACUAUUGUACUUUGUGAUAUUUAUGUAUUACAUUUUUUCACCCAAAGUAUAUUGAGAAA